AUGCAGCACCACCCCUCUCCCGCCCCAGACGUCAUUCCCACGGCCCCCACCCCGGAUUUCCUCAUCAUCAGCCUCUUCGCGCUGCGCCUAGCACGCCGCCUGAUCGCAAGUCUAGAUGACUAUCCGCAGCGCUUCCCCGAUCUACAGUGGCUCGUUGACUUUCUCGCCGCAUACACGGACGAAUAUGCACUUGCGAAAAUAACAGGGAUGAGGAAACAAGCGUAUAUGCAUAUGUAUCCUGGGAUCGUGGCGCGUAUGAAAAGGCAGCACGGAUAUCCAGUCCGCUUUAUGCAGAUGAAUCCAGAUCAGCAGAUGUAUGGGGCGAGGGGGGCUGGUGGGGGGAAUAGUGAGGUGGAGCGAGAAAGAGAAAUGUCGGAUGGUGAACGGAUAGCAAUCAUUGAUUUCUCAGACGCAGCUGCGGAAUGGGGUUCCACAGUCCCGAUUCCAGUGUCUGAGGCUCCGCGCAUGAUGAUGUUGGCGGGACAAAGACUGCUUGCGGAUUCGAACAAGGAUAUUGAUGCGUAG